AUGAUGACAUCGAUUGAAAUCAUCGGCUUCGUGAGCGCUGUCGCCGACUUCCUCGACUUGGCCGCCGAGAACAUCACAGUCGCCCGGGAAUUCGGGAAUUCAGGCUCUGCUACAACGAAGGCCGACAUCGACUUGGAGCGCCGCAUCAAGUUGCUCGACGAACAGAUCAAUGCCGUUCAUCUGAGCGGGCCGGAAUUCGCAAAGGAUGGCCACGAGGCCAAGCUGCUCAUUCGUGUAGACAAAUACCACGAUCUCACCGUGCGGCUUCUCUCGCUAUUGGAUGGAUUCAAUUCGGCCAAAUAUGUCCUAGGAAAGGAGGCAAAACAGAGUUUGAUCGACGAAUUGGAAGAUUGGCGGUCAAGAAAUUAUCUUCGAAUAACAAAAGUAAUAAGACACGAUCUGAAACGCCUUCUUCGUGACAGAGGCAACCUAGGGUACAGCCUGAGGGUGGACCUAGAGGCCCUUGAGCACAGAAUUACGCCGUCGGAUAGAGCUGGAGAUAUAUAUAACCUUGGAUUCCUUGGAGUCAUGCGCAACGUUUUCAGCAACUUCAAAACGUGUAUUGUCGAGUACGCGCAGAAGCAGAUUCUUGACGAGCUGCGGGUUGAUGGCAUGAAAAACAGAUUUGAAGAGGUCGAAAAGGCACACGAGAGCUCCUUUGCUUGGAUUCUGGACCCUGAUUCGCCCCUUCAAGGGAACAAAUUUUUCGGUUCAGAGGCGCGCCAGCAGCUUGUGACCUGGUCUCUCCACGGGCACGGCAUCUUCUACAUCUCUGGGAAGCCAGGAUCAGGCAAAUCCACCCUUAUGAAAUAUCUUUGCCAAAGCUCAAAGAUGAAAAGGCAUCUACUCGCUUGGGCGGGUGAAAAGGCCUUGUUGAUGGCGAAUUUCUUCUUCUGGCAGCUCGGAACGGAUAUGCAAAAGUCUCAUGAUGGCAUGCGCCGUGCACUGCUGUUUUCGGUUUUGGAAGAAGUGCCGACACUGAUACAGACUGUGUUUCCGAAACACUACCAGUCUUUCAUGGAGGAACGACCGCUGCAAGUCCGCUCUUCAGACGUGGACGUAGCUCUUAAAUUGCUCCUCGACCAAACCAGCUUCUUAACAUCGCACAAACUUGCCUUUUACAUCGACGGCCUUGAUGAGCUCGACGGAGACCAUGACCAUCUAAUGGCAAUACUUCUCGAAUGGGGCAGGAAUCAUGGAGAGAGUGUCAAGCUCUGUGUGUCAAGUCGAGAAUGGGAGGUAUUCAGACAAAAGCUAGCCGAUUGUCCAAAGAUCCGGCUUCAAGACAUCACAACUCACAAUAUCACCAGCUACGUUAACCAAGAAUUACUAGAAAACGAGGAGUUUUUAAGUUACUCGGAAAAAAGCUCCAAGAUACUGGAACUGGUAAAACACAUCACAGAAAAGGCCGAGGGAUCGUUCUUGUGGGUCAAGAUCGUGCUUCGACGGCUGAAAUGGAGCAUUCUUUCUGGAGACCAAUUAGAAGAUAUCCAGGAGAAAGUUGACGCCCUCCCAAACGAACUCAAAGAUCUGUACCAAUCAAUAUUCGACUCCAUGGGAAACGAAAGCCAAGGCAAACUCGACAGAAUGAGGGCAAUGCGAUCGCUUUUGACUGUCCUCCAUUGCAAGAGGGAACCAGACGAUGACCACCCUCCGUGGCUAUUGAUCUCCCAUUCGUUUCUCAACGACUACGAACACGACCAAGACUUUGCACUGAAGCUUCCGAUUCAACCGAUGCAUCGAACUGUUUUAGACGAGAGGCUAGAAUGUACUCGCCGAUUGGUCUAUCAAAGGUGCAUGGGAAUGCUGGAUACAUUUACCCUAAACACAGACGAUAAGCCGCGUUAUUCACCAGCUGGGCUCGACAUAAAAGCGGUAAAGAAGCAUUCAAAAUUGGAUUUCAGACCAGGAGAUCCGGAAAAGGGGGUUCGUUUGGAGCCCGCAAAGAGCAGGAACGACAGCGACGAUGGUUUAUAUGGCUUCGUUGAUGAUUACUACACUAGUGAUUCCCCCGAUAACAAUGACGAAGACGUUAUUGAGGUUAAGGACGACGAAGACAACGCCAAUCAUCUGCAUAGAAACGCAAAAUAUAAGGAUGAGAGGAAAAUCAACAACCAAUUCCCAUCUCAGAAGGGAAUCAGAUGCGUUCACAAGACCGUUUACGAGUUCCUUGCUCAACCCCAGAUUGAGACGAUAAUGCGCGCCGAAUCGAUGGGUUUCAACGAAGCGGACUUCAAGCUCCAAGCAUUUCUCGCAAUAAUGAAAAUCUUUCGUCCAAGCGUUCAUUAUGCGAGGAGACGCUUUCUCUUCGACUUUGAAUCACUGGUCACCCACUACCAUUCUAUGCUGAGCCAAGUAUCCGAAGCCCGUUUCCUGGCGUUUUUGGAGGAAUUAUCUCGUGUUCUGGAACAUCAUGGAGCUGUCGUUGAACAUAUGUGGUCUCGCUUUAUGGGUGGUGGCCUGACAAGAACGGUGCACCAGGCUUGUCGUCCAGCUUACAGUGAGUUGGUUCUACUAGCUGCAAAGAUAGGCACCUCUAAAGGGCUUUGUUCUCUGAGCGGAAUGCAACUCGCUCGCCGACUCCAACAAAAGAGCAACGACCCGGAUGUUGUUCUUGAUACAUACUUCGAGGGUGCGUUUGACUAUUUCGACAUGGACAAAAAUCAUGAGAAGAUGAAGAGAAGAGCGUAUAAAGCGAGAAUUUAUCAGGAACUCGCUGCAUACUUUGAAGCUGGAGCUUCGCCCAACGCCAGAUCUAACCACGUAGUACGCGGAUGGAAAGAAACGUACAAAAUGACUCUGACCUGUUGGCACAUGUGGUUGAGGGUGAUUUUGGGUCAUGAAGAUGAUGCAGACCUUGCAGAGUCUUUCAUCAAACUAUUCCUUCUGCACGGGGCCGACGCAAAUAUUUGGGUCCGAGUCGACAAGGAGUGGUGCAGUCUCUGGUGGCCGGGUUCGUCGGGUUGGGUGGACAUCUGUGCUACAAGAAGAUAUGACGAGGACGAGGAUCUCUCAGCUGAGAAUGCCCCAUUAGUGUACCAUUUUGUCAAGAAGUACGAGGGUGGAUUUCCUACUGAGCCGCUUGGGAAAUUUCUCCUGGAAUUAUUUCCGCAAGGCGGCCCCGAAAUGAAGCGCUUGGCAGAUCGGAACUUGGGUUCACAAAAGAUGACGGAGCCAUCCUUCAUGAUGGAUGACAUUUGGUGA